GGCGACCAAUGGUGGUAUCCACUGGGAUGCAGUCCAUGGAAACCAUACGUCGUGUCUACAAGACAGUAAAGGAGCACAACCAGAAAUUUACUCUCCUGCAGUGCACCAGCGCCUACCCUCUGGAUCCUAAAGAGGUCAACCUCAGUGUGAUCAGGAAAUACCAGGAGGAAUUUCCAGAUGUUCCAAUUGGAUAUUCUGGUCAUGAGAAAGGGAUCUACAUCACUGUGGCUGCCGUGGCGAUGGGAGCAAAAGUUGUGGAACGCCAUGUGACCCUGGAUAAGACCUGGAAGGGAAAUGACCAUGAGGCAUCCCUGGAGCCCUCUGAGCUGGCAGAACUGGUCCGAGCAAUACGACUGGUGGAAACAGCAAUGGGGUCACCAGUCAAGCAAAUGUUACCAUGCGAGAAGACCUGCCAUGAUAAGUUGGGCAAGUCAGUCAUUGCUAAGGUGAAAAUCCCUAAAGCAACAGUGCUGAGCCUGGACAUGUUUGCAGUGAAGGUUGGUGAGCCAAAGGGUAUCCCUCCAGAACAUAUGCAGCAGCUCGUGGGCAAGAAGAUCAAAGUGGACGUUGAAGAAGAUGACAGCAUCUUGGCAGACAUGAUAGAAUAAAGGAUCUUCCCAAACUAUUGGGACAGAGAGGCAGGCAAAUAGAGGAUAGAAAAUAAAAUAGAGUUACAUAGGCAGGUAGCUAGAAAAUGGACAGAUAAUGAUGUCAUUUGUGAACAGAAAGGGAUAUGGUGCAUUUAAUGAGGGAUAAGACAAAUGUGAAUAUUAUUGAACUUGAAACAUAUGUCUGGGUGAAGUUACAUGGCAGUUAUAUGACCUUUAUGUAAUUUGAAUAAAUGUAAACACUAUUUUCUGAAGGCCACAGGCCUUUCAUGAGGAAAUACUCACACUACCAGCCUUGUCCAAACUGAGACACCUAUCAGAGUUUCUCAACCAGUGAUAAGAUUCACAUAUUUGUCAUACUAAUCCAGUUUGACACAAUUUCUCCCAAUUAUUCAAAACACCUAUAUGUAUGCAGCGCAUGUGUCAGGUAAAAUAUUGUGAAAUAAUCUAGGGGACUUCAUAUACAAUUUCUCUUAAUCAUCCAGGUGUCACAUGUGGGGCUAUAACUGUAAUCAAAUGUUUCUGUAAUUUUAAUACUUCAAAUAAACAAGGCUUUAAAGA